AUCGCAUUGCAGACAAUAAUCCAACGAUCCCCAGGAAAAUGACGAACGCAACGCCAAUUCGUAUCCGGCCCGAGACAAAAAGCGAUGUGGCGGUGAUCGAGGAAGUUACCUCAACCGCAUUCCAGAAUGCCGAUCACUCCAAUCACAACGAGCAAUUCAUAGUCCGCGACCUGCGCGAAGCGAACCAACUAUCAAUCUCGCUGGUUGCAGAAGACGAAAUCACAGAAGAAAUUGUGGGCCAUAUCGCCGUCUCCCCGGUGGGUAUUUCAGAUGGCAGUGAGAAUUGGUAUGGGAUAGGGCCGAUCUCCGUCUUACCUCAGUAUCAAGGAAAGGGUAUUGGGUCGUCCUUGAUAAAACGUGUACUGGCAGAUUUGCAGAGCCGCCAGGCUGCUGGAUGUGUUGUACUGGGAAACCCAAAAUACUACACGCGAUUUGGAUUCAAAGUCAACCAGCCGCUGCAGCUACCAGGCGCGCCACCGGAACAUUUUAUGGCUUUAACAUGGCAUGAGCCGACCCCUGUUGGGACCGUAUCAUUUGAUAAAGCUUUUGAAGCAUCGGAGCCUUCGUCUUUGUCGUACGACGUCCUUGUCACCGGCUCAGCCGGUCAUCUCGGUACGGCUUUGAUGCUCAGCCUGCCUUCUCUGGGCUUCAACCCUCUGGGAAUUGACAUUCUCCCUUCCCCAACUACAACACUAGAGGGCUCUGUCUAUGAUCGGGCCUUCAUUGCCUCUAUCUUCGCCAAGAACCACAUCAAACACGUUCUUCAUGCGGCGACACUGCAUAAGCCGCACGUUUGCAGCCACAGCAAGGAGCAGUUUGUCUUGACCAACGUAAUCGGCACUCUUACCCUCCUUGAAGAAUCUGCUAGAUUCAAGAAGCAGAUAGAGAGCUUUAUCUUCUUUAGUACAACUAGCACCUUUGGUAUGGCUCUAAGCCCCAAGCCGGGGCACCCCGCCGCAUGGAUCGACGAGUCUGUUGUUCCUGUGCCCAAGAACAUCUACGGCGUGACAAAAGUUGCGGCCGAGGACAUGUGCAGGUUGAUACAAAUGCAGAGCCAAAUGCCAGUAUUGGUUUUGCGAACAAGCCGCUUUUUCCCCGAGGAAGAUGAUGAUGAAGACCGUCGUGCGUCAAUGAGCGAUGAGAACUUGAAGGUUUUGGAACUAGCCUACCGCAGAUGCGACAUUGAAGAUAUUGUCAGCGCUGCAGUCUGCUCAAUGAGAAAGGCUAAAGACAUUCGAUGGGGAAAAUAUAUCAUAAGUGCUCCGCCGCCUUUCAACAAUGAUUCGAAAACACUUGAUACCUUGAAUCGCAAUCCCGCGGAGGUGAUAGCGGGGAUAUUUCCCGAAGUGGAUGCCGUCUUUAAGAAGAACGGGUGGAAACAUCUCUCGAGGAUGGACCGGGUGUAUGAUUCCAGCAGAGCUGUAAAGGAACUAGGCUGGGAUCCAAAAUACACCUUUGGAAAGACACUGGAGAGGCUGGCGCAUGGCGAGAACUGGAGGAGUGACUUGACUUCUAGGGUGGGCAAGAAAGGGUAUCACGCUGUGAGCACUGGUGUGUAUACAAAGAGAUAAGAAUAUUUGUUGUUCUGCCGGUGCAGAGAAGUCACCGGCCAUACACCUUUGUCACAAUACUCGAUAGAAAAAAGCGUGCAAGAAUGCUAUAGUUAAUGCCAAA